AUGUCGUCCAUGCGCAACGCAGUCCAAAGGCGCAACCACAAAGAGCGCGCCCAACCACUCGAACGUCAAAAAUGGGGUCUUUUGGAAAAGCACAAGGACUACUCCCUCCGUGCAAAAGACCACAAUGAAAAGAAACGCCGUCUCAAAGUCCUGCGCGAAAAGGCCGCCCAGCGCAACCCAGAUGAAUUCGCUUUCGGCAUGAUUACAAGAACCACAAAAAAGGGCGUUCAACAAUCCACAAGAGGAAAAGACAAUGGCUCCCAGGCGCCCAUGAACAUGGACAUUGUCAAGUUGCUCAAGACUCAGGAUGCUGGUUACCUGCAGACCGUUCUACAACAGACCCGUCGUGCCAGAGAAAAGAUUGAGAAGCAGGCUGUCCUAAUGACUACUGGAGUCGAUGCCUCUAGCAUAAGCAAGAGAAAGGUGUUUGACGACAACGGCGAGCUGAUUGAGGAGACAAAGAAGCAAUCCGCAUUUGGUGACGACGACGAUAUGGAUCUGGAUCUCGACGACCUUGCAGACCUGGGCGACCUUGAUGGACUCGAUGAUCUUGAUGGCCUGGAUGGAGAUGCCAGUGGUAGCGAAGGUGGCAAGAGCGAGGGUGAGGAUAGUGACACAGAGGGCCUCUCAAAAGAAGAAAUCAGGCAGCGACGGAAGAAGAGACGUGCUCAGGAAGUGCUGCAGAAUCAUUUGGAAGCGCUCAAAGAUCGCGAGCGUGACCUGUCUCUUGCUUUGAGCCAACUCCAGCAUCAACGGGCACGCAUGAACAACACCGUCGGAGGUGUCAACAAAGAGGGCGUUAAAUUCAAGGUCAGGGAGAGAAAGCGUUGA